AAGCAUAUGAAAGUUGUCGUCCUGUGUCACUCUGUCUAGACUGCAUCGUUUGCAAGACUCGGUUAUCUCGCCUGCUCUCAAGCAAUUGUCUGAUGUCUCUUCAAUAACCUUGCACUCGCCGCCCAUCAUGGGUUCAUCACCUCUCCCCGUCAGCUUGCAGAGCAAGUUCCAGAGAUCUCAAUCAACCUCGCGACUGAGGGACUACCAUGGCAAUUUCAACAUACUACGGAAUAUAAUAUUUGCUUUAUUCGUGCUGCGUAUACUGCGCAAGUCCUUCUAUUUCCUUCGUGGCCAUGGCUUGAUCGGGUCGAUCCUCGUCCUCUACCAUUCUAUCCACAAGAAUGCAUACAAAAUGUUUUUGAAUCUACCGGGCGUGAGGUCCCAAGUGUCGAAGCAGCUGGAGAUUGCAAAGAAAGAUAUGGAAGACAAGCUGGUGCCUUCAGGGCCUGGAACAAAUCAUUACCGUCAUCUUCCCAAAGAGCCCUGGACCAAGGAACAGUUACAUACCGAGCUCGAAUCACUAGCCGCCAUGAAGCGGACGCGGUGGGAGGAAGGUAAAGUGUCUGGCGCAGUAUACCACGGCGAGUCGUCUCUGCUGGACAUACAAAGCGAAGCGAUGAGAUUGUUCAGCGUUGCCAAUCCAAUCCAUGCCGAUGUGUUUCCUGCCGUAAGGAAGAUGGAGGCCGAAGUGGUCGCUAUGGUACUGGCUUUGUUCAAUGCACCUGAAUCUGGGGCUGGGGCUACGACUUCUGGAGGCACCGAGUCGAUUCUGAUGGCUUGUCUAUCAGCGCGACAGAAGGGAUACUCGGAGCGAAGGAUUACGGAGCCCGAGAUGAUCAUCCCGAGCACGGCUCAUGCGGCUUUCCACAAAGCCGCCAACUAUUUCAAAAUCAAAAUGCAUACUGUGGCUUGUCCGGCGCCAGACUAUGUGGUCGAUGUCAACAGGGUUAGACGGCUAAUCAAUCCCAAUACUGUCCUGCUUGUUGGUUCAGCACCGAACUAUCCCCAUGGUAUAGUCGACAAUAUCCCAGCACUAUCGAAACUGGCCUUGGCUUACAAGAUUCCCUUACAUGUCGACUGCUGUCUGGGAUCUUUCAUCAUGCCUUGUCUGGCCAAGGCAGGUUUUCCCUCUCCCUGGGCUGAGGAAGGCGGCUUUGAUUUCCGACAGCCUGGUGUGACUUCGAUCAGCGUCGACACUCAUAAAUACGGGUUUGCUCCCAAGGGCAACAGCUGUAUUCUCUACCGAAAUCGACAACUCCGUGAAUACCAGUACUUCAUUUGUCCGGAGUGGUCAGGCGGUGUUUACGGGUCACCUAGCAUUGCUGGCUCACGGCCGGGCGCUCUUAUCGCCGGCUGCUGGGCGAGUAUGAUGUUCGUCGGCGAGAAGGGCUAUGUAGAUGCCACGCACAAGAUUGUCACCACGAAACUGACUAUCGAGAACGCAAUCAAGGAACACUCGGUGUUGAAGGAGACAUUGUCAAUCCUAGGUCGUCCAAUGGUUAGUGUCGUGGCGUUCGAGUCAUUCGACCCGGCUAUUUCCGUCUACGACAUCGCAGACGCAAUGUCGAAGAGGCAAUGGCAUUUGAACUCGCUGCAGGAUCCACCUGGUGUACAUGUUGCUGUCACUCUGCCCAUGACGAAACCUGGCGCUGUGGACAGCUUGAUUGAUGACCUAGUUGCGGUAGUUCAAGGAGAGAAGGAGAAGGCCCUCGACAGGCUCAAGGCUGGUGGCCCGAUCGAGAAAGGCAAGGGAUCGAGUGCUCAAUUAUACGGUGUCGCAGGGAGUCUGCCAGACAAGAGCAUUGUCGAGAAGAUGGUGGUUGCCUAUUUGGAUACCCUGUACAAGGCGUAAGGCAAUUCUUGAGGAAGGGAUGUAGCCUCGACGCUAUUGAGUACCAGAUAAACGAAGAAGCCAUGGGACAUCCAAAUUGACAAGCGUUGAGACGUGGCUUUCCUACUCUGAACCCUGUCGAUUCACCAACAAAGCUGUAGUUUCCGAGAGAUUCGGAAGCGAGCAUACCCUGCCUUGGCCUGCUGGUGGAAGUCUCAAAACCAAGAAAGGGAAAAUGAAUUCGCGUAUCUGCUUCUAAUAACCCGUAAAGCUAAUUGUGUGAUCUGGACGUGUUACGGGCAGCAAUGCUGUAAAACUAAAUACUA